UCUGACGGAAAUGACAUGGUCGUCGAGGUCACUGAUCCAAGGUGGAUUGGAAUUUGACAUUCAUUUACUAUUUCGUUACGAUAACAGCAUAUAUAUUUUAAUGAUUUUGAACACCAUUUUGAUAACAUCUCUGGGCAGUUUGUUUGCAAGGAGAUGUCUGGUGAAGUUCUAAACGCACAGGAUGGAAACGGAACAGUGAAUCGGGUCAUUAGGAUGGGGACCAGGAAGAGCCAGUUGGCUCGCAUCCAGACUAAUUAUGUGGCAGAGAAACUGAAGACACUUUAUCCAGAUGUCCAUCUUGAAAUAGUUGCCAUGUCCACAAUUGGUGACAAAAUCUUGGACACUGCAUUAUCAAAGAUAGGUGAGAAAAGUCUUUUCACAAAGGAGCUCGAGAAUGCUCUGGAGAGGAAUGAGGUAGACCUAGUAGUGCACUCUCUCAAAGACCUCCCUACAACUCUGCCCAAUGGCUUCACUAUAGGAGCCGUGCUUCAGCGUGAAAGCCCACAUGAUGCAGUGGUGCUACAUCCAAAGAACAGUGGACUGACCCUGGACACUUUGCCAGAUGGCAGUGUGAUUGGUACUAGCUCUCUGCGUCGAGCUGCUCAGCUGAAGAAGAGGUUUCCUCAUCUGGAGUUUAAAGACAUUCGAGGUAACCUCAACACUCGUCUGAAGAAGCUGGAUGAAAAGGAGGACUAUGCUGCCAUCAUCCUGGCGGCAGCAGGGCUGAAGAGGAUGGGGUGGGAGGCACGAGUCAGCCAGGUUCUUGGCCCUGAGGACUGUAUGUAUGCUGUUGGCCAGGGUGCCCUUGCCGUGGAGGUGCGGGCGCGAGACUGUGACAUCUUGGAGAUGGUGUCUACCCUGCACCACUCAGAGACUGUGCUGCGCUGCAUAGCAGAGAGGGCCUUUCUCAGACGCCUGGAGGGAGGUUGCAGUGUACCAGUUGCUGUGAACACAGAAGUGAAGGACUCGGUGCUCUCUCUGACUGGUGCUGUGUACAGCCUAGAUGGAGCUGACAGCUUGAAGGAGGCCAUGGAAACCAGUGUAGACCCAGGAAAUAAGUUAGUGUCGGCGGCAGACAUCCAGCAUGUUGGGGUUACAGCCCACAAUGUGCCUCAGUGUGCCCAGGUAGCAGCUGAGAAGCUGGGGGUGGACCUGGCCGAUCUCCUGCUCAGCAAAGGAGCCAUGGAGAUCCUGACCACUGCUCGGAAACUCAACGACGCACGCUAAGGCCCUCUCUCCACUCCUACAGCGGGUCCCAAUUUGCUCCCUACCCCUUCCUUUGGCUCUCUAACCUUUCGGACAAGGGGAACAAGUAGGGAGUGGAUUGGGACUGGCUGCCUAACACUGUGCAAGCCAUCGUCAGCAUCCAAGACCAGCAGAAGUCGGCAGGGUCUUGAAUAAUGUUUACUCUGAAUAUGUACAGAUUCACCUCAGUUGUAUUGUAUAAGCUAAAUGUAUAUGAUCCUAUUUAUGUAUGAGCUACUACUCUGGGUAAAUACUAGGUGAAAAUUUGUAUAGAUGCUGAGGGUUAAGAAUGUACCAAACAAAAGAUUUCUGUGAGUAUGACUGACCAACUCCACACACAGUAUUACAACUGAACCAUAUGACACAUCUCAGGCAAGGCCCCUGGACUUUUUUUUAAUCACUUUUCUAAGCAAGAACAAAAUGAUGUUCAAACCUGGAAUCUAUUGACAGCAAGAGAAUGUUGUCACAAGUGAAUAUAUAACUAUCAACUCUUACUGGAAAAUGCAUCAUACCGAUAGUGCCAUGUAUGUAUACAUUAUGUGCUUUCUAUGAAGCCUUCAUAUCUGCUUCAGCUCUAUAAAUACCGACCAGUUGUA